GCCAGCGGAGCUGUAUACGCGACCUGUACAUAUACAAAAAAAAAAAAAAAAAAAAAAAAAAAAAAGAAAAACAAACAAAAACAAAAAACAAAAAAAAACACACAUCGAGGAUGGACGAGUUGACGCGCACCGGAUUCGUACAGUUUCCUCCCCAGCAACAUCAACUCUACCAGCAGCAGCAAAACAUCGAGCUGGAAAAGAUAAUGCAAGCGAUGAUAGACGCGUUUUUGGCCCAGCAACUGGCAGCGCGACAAGCGACCGGCAACAACAACCUGACACCGGUUGCUCCGACUUCGCCGAUAUCCCCUGGCGCAAUACAACCACCAACGACCAGCUCGACCGCCCGCGCCCUACGCAUACUCAUGGACCACAACAACAACUACAAGGCCAGCAACGCCGCGGCCCCGUGUCCUUGCGGCAGCAGCGGCUCGUGCUUUUUUCACCGCGAGAGCAACGAGAGCCGCGAAGCCCUCAACAUCUACAACAACGUUGCCAGAGCGGCCUACCUCGAGGAGUACGCGGGCGCCCACAACAAACCAGCCCUGGUUCUCCAACAGCACAUGAGCCGCGCCGGGGUUUGCUUGCCAGUGGAUGGACUCAGGCCUUUUUGCCAGUGCAACUACAGGAGGGUCUGGCUACCCCGUGACGUAAAGUCCUACCAGGUGGACGAGCGGUGCGAGCGCUACUUCAACUGCAUGAGCAUGACGUACGAGCUGAGAAAGUACUACGAGCACCGGUUCAACGCCCUCGGCCAGCCGAACAUGUUCAAGCUGAACAUCUUCAUAGACGACAAAGGCAACCUGUACGGGCUCGUCGAGAGGAACAACGCGCUGCCGUUGCGCGGCUUGGAGCUCAAGUUCCAUUUGAUCAUUCGGAACACGGACAGCAACGAGUUUAUAUCGCACGAGGGACUGGCACUGCCCGCGACCGAAAAGCAGUACCACUUUGCGUUUCGCGUCGAACGGCCGCUGUUCGAUUCCUACUUUGUCGAGCGCAAGCUCAUCCGAGGGAAGUUGAUAUCCUGCAGUCUGAUCGUCGAGCGGUUUACCGCGCACUUUGCGCCGUACUGUCCGAGCAAGAGGUACUUCAAGUGAGACAUCGAUGAUCACACGUAUUUUCUUUUCUUCGCGCGCCUACAUCAUACUUUUUUUUUAUUCAACGGCUCAAUUUACUCGUUUUUUUAUUAAUUUAUGGAUUGUAGGUAUAAUAUUACCGUGUACGAUCAUGAUGAUGCGUGAAGUGCGAGAAGACGAGCAUGGAAUUAACACUUUUUCUUUUAUUCAUGUUUUAACGGGAUGAUUAAGUCGUUCGAUGUACAGACGUUUGGGAGUGUGGUGUUUAUGUUACUGUGAAACUUAAUUCGGGGAAUCGAAAAUUACCGUCGCUUGUACGCUCCGAUGUGUGAUUAUUAUAUAUAUGUAUAUGAUCAUGUAAAGCCCUUGUUGUUUGAAAAACGGGCGAGUUCAACUAGAAAAAGAAAAAAACAAAAAAAAAAA